UAGAUUGACGGAAAUGUGAAACUUGGAAUGUUAUCAGUGUAUUUUAAUUGGAAAUGUAAUGUUUUAUUGCACCGUUUGGUUUUUUGGUACAUACUACAUUACUACCUAUAUACAUAUCAUAGCGAAACGUAAAUUAUUAUUAUAAGUACAAUUUCUAUUAUAUAGUAUUAUAGUGUAAUAGUGUAUGCCAUCCGUUUUUGAAUAGUUUUAAUAAUAACAGUAUUUGGUAGGUAUUUUAAAAUCUAGUCUUAAUGAUGAUUUGACGAAAAACUACUCGAUGAUUCUUUUUUGAACGUUUGAACUUGAAAUUUUCAACCCAUCAAGGAUUGUUGGUCACAAUUAAAUCCAUAAUGGCGAAAUCAAUUAGUAAUUUGAUUGCGGAUAUUGAAUACAUUCAUCAAUUGGUAUAUGAUUUAAGACUAAAUGAAUUACAACAAAUUUUAGAUGCGCUUAAACAGAAUAAAUCUGGCAGCAAACAAUCUUUACGCAAGCGUGUCUUAAACUUGUUAACUGCUUCUACAUCAAAAUCAAAAGCUUUGAAACAAAAAAUUGUACAAGUUUAUAACUCUAGACCACAACAAACCCAACAACCACCACAGGCACCGGUUGUACAACAACCAAAUUUUUUACAACGGCUUAUGCGACAAGCUCGACAUCCUAUUCAUAGCCAGUCUUAUUCAGCACCAACACCAAAUCCUAUCCAACCUUAUGUUGAACCCCCAAUUCCAGCUAUACAAUUUGAACCCUUACCAUUCUUUAAAACAGUACAAACAUUAUUAACGCCUAUGUAUUGUCAGACCAAUAUUGAUUCUGCAAACUUUACUGGGCUAUUUUAUUUAACAGAUGAUGUUAGACAUUCUAUCGUUAAAUCAUGGAAUAUUACCAGACAAGAAUAUAAAAUUCAAAUCAUUUUAAGAUUACUACAAGUUGGACUUGAUGAAAAUGUUACUGAACGUUUACCUUACAAUAUUACAGUUUCUGUAAAUGAUCGUCAAUGUAAGUUACCUACAUUAAACAUCCCAACAAAAGCUGGCAUCACCCCAUGGCGAUGCAAUGUUCCUAUAGAUAUUACUCAACAAACAGAUUUAAGAAAUUGUUUACAGAACACAUUAAAAAUUACAUGGUCAGAAGAACCACACGAAUAUAUAGCUGGUGUUUUUGUGGCCCAAAAAUUAACUUGGAAUGAUCUGCUAAUAGAACUCAAAAAGAGACCCGUACGCCCUUCAGAUAAAACUAAAGAACUCAUUAAAAAAUCCAUGGAAAAUGACGUCGAUAUGGGUGUUGAUUCCAUGUUUGCUACUGUUAAGGAUCCAUUAACUAAAUUAAGAAUGAAUCUUCCUGCUCGAGGUGUAGACUGUAUACAUUUACAAUGUUUUGAUGCAAUACAAUUCUUGCAGAUGAAUGAACAAAAGCAAACAUGGUUAUGCCCAUUAUGUAAAAAAAAAAUUAAAUUUGAAAACAUUGAAGUUGAUGAGUUUUUUUUAAACAUGCUUCAAAGUCCAGAUUUGAGUGAAGAAUGUGAAAAUGUUGUUUUGUUAAAAGAUGGCACAUGGUCUGAAAGAAAAAAUAAAGAAUUUUCCAACAAUUCUGGAACCAACGGUUGUCGAUCUACAARCAAUAUUGAAGUAUUUACAUUAUCAGAUUCCGAUGAUGAUAAUGAUGCAGAUAAUGAUCUAGACAGUGAUGAAAAUGAAGAGAUUAUUCCAAAACCAAAACGUUAUAAAUAUAAUCCACCAAAAUUGGAAGAAUCUGUAAUAAAAUCUGAACAUAUUGAUGAAACCGAAGAUCUUACAGAUCCUUCUGAAAGUGAUCUUGUAUUAGACUUAAGUCUUAAAAAUAAUUCAAAAUCAUCAUUUUCUGGUAGUUCAAAGUAUGAUCCAAUUAUUACGUUAAAUGACGAUUCUAAUCCAUCAACUUCAUCUAAUUCAAAGUAUGAUCCAAUUAUUACAUUAAAUGACGAUUCUGAUCAAUCAUCUUCAGCUAAUUCAAAGUAUGAACCAGUUAUUAUAUUAAAUGACGAACCUGAUCCACCAUCAUUAUUGGAAUCCUCUUAUAUGUUAAAUAAUCAUUACCUUCCAAAUAUUUCAAUCUCAGGGUCCAACAACUAUGCAGCUAGUGGCUCUAGAAGUAGUAGAGAUAAAAGACGUCAAGAAAAAGAGAAAUCAAGAUCAGUUUUAUGCGUUAUAACAUUAGACUAAACUAAUGUAUUUCAAUUCUUAUUUCUAAAUUUGUAUACAAUUUUUUAUAUUAACAGCUCGUUUUAAAAAAACAGUACAACUGGUAAAUAAUAAUUUAU